AUGAUCACUGCCAGAAAUGUGUUUCAGCAGCUCACCUCGGGGCCAGGGAUCAUGGACAAUGUGUGCAACUUCAUCAUCCGUCCGCCACGCUCCGAAUACGAGAUGGAGGAGUUGGGCCCCGAAGUGUUCCGCCUCGGCGAUGACGGCAAGCAGCGCUUUAUGCGUCACGACUUUGAGUUAGAAAACAUGCGUGGCCUCCGCAUUCAGUGCUCGUGGUUCAAGCCCUACCCCGACCAGCGCACGCCCUGUGUGGUCUACUGCCACGGCAACUGCGGCAGCCGCUACGACGCCCUCGAGGCUCUCUUUGUGCUGGGCGAGGGCAUGAGUCUCUUCUCCUUCGACUUCUGCGGGAGUGGGAUGUCGGAGGGCGAGUACAUCAGUCUCGGCUUCUACGAGCGACAGGACCUCGCAGCCGUGAUGGAAUUCUUAAUGCUGAAGAGCGACGCGGUGGACGGUGUGGCGCUGUGGGGACGCAGCAUGGGCGCCGUCACCUCCAUCAUGUACGCCGCGAAGGACCCGCUGAUUCGCUGCAUCGUGUGCGACUCCCCCUUUGCGACGUUGCGGGUGCUCAUUAACGAUUUGGUCGAGCGCCACGGCGGGCGAACGGCGCGGGUGGUGCCAAACGUCGUGGUCCGCGCCAUUGUGGAGCGCAUUCGCAAGCGCAUUAUGAAGCGGGCCGUCUUCGACAUCGACGACCUGGAUACGGUCAAGUACGCCCGCCUCUGCCGCGUGCCUGCCCUUCUCUUUUACGGCUCCGAAGAUGACUUCGUGACCUCGCGGCACGGCGAGCUGAUCCGUGAUGCGUUUCCGAUUCCGUGCCUGCAGCAGUACACGCCUGGCGGACACAACGAUGAGCGGGACGAGGAUAUUCAAAAGGUGAUUGCGGCCUUUCUGCACCUCUACCUGAUCGACAAGCCGAACGGGGAGCGGGAGUUGCGAGCUCAACAGGACAUGCAGUCGGCACCAGCAGCGGCAUCAACACCCGCAGCAGCGUCUCCCUCCGCCACAGAUCAGGCAAGGUCAAUGGGGAACGACAACAACAGUAAUGCAAAUGCGCCUUCGCCCCGUUCGACGGAGACUUGUGCCUCGUCUUCAUCAACGUCCUCCGCCUCCACAUCGUCGUCGUUGUCCCGUUCUUCUUCCGCCUCUCCCACUGCGUCGGCCGCAUCAGCCAUCUCAUCGGAGCUGCGCCGCGACUACAGCUCUCUUCAAACAACAUCUUCCCUUUCUCACUCUGGCGUCGAAACGAGCGCUGAAGCCAGGGAGGCGCCAGAGGCGAGGAAAGAGGAUCAAUUGGUGCCGGCCACCGCCAUCGGUGUUGAUGAGUCGUCUCCUCUCGAUGCGGGGAAGAAGAAGGAGUUGAAUAAGUUGCCGGACUGCCGCGGCAAGACACCGAGCUCCCCAGCGACCGACAACUUCUUUAGCAGAAAUGCAAUAAAGCCACCGGACUCAGCUGGAGCCUCCCUUUCGCCGCUGCCGCAACUUCAGCCUCUUCCGCAUCGGCCAGUGCCCUUCUUCUCUGCAACGAAGAAUGAGGCACGGGUGGUGCCGUCUUCCAGGUCUCCGGUGUUGAGGACUGCUAGUAGAAGUGCUCGUCAGUCUAGUCCCGGACGCAUGCCAAAGCUGUGA